AUUUUCCAAUUAACUUUCCAAAGAAGCUUGUUCUGUUCUAUUCAAAACCAAGGAGGGAAAAGGGGCAAAAUCAAACAUUUUUUUGUUGACUUGUUAAUUUGUUUGUCAGUAGUGCCUGUAGCAGGGCUCAACUAACAGCUAAGAAAUCAACUAUAUCAAGACUUUUUAGUUAUUUUUGGGAUCCAGAUUUGAACCGUCUUGGGUUGUUUGGUGUGGUGAGAAGUGGCAUCGUCAUUGCUCAACGUGAGCUCCACAGGGAGCCCUUCCAGGGUGCUCUGUCCCUUCUUGCUGUGGAAGAGACUCUCUCUGGUCCCAAGUGUUAACCUCCUUUCUCUGUGAGGUUAAAAAAAAAGAUGGUUUGAUCUCCAGGCAACACACUGUGCCAAAAAAAUGGUUUCUGUGCAAUAGUCCUAGAAAGGAGAUCCGAUCCAAGGAAAUAAGAUCAGACCGGAAUGAGAUAACAUCAGCCGAAGAAAUGGUGCCGGAAUUAACAAUAAGGAAAACAAGCACCAGAUGUAUUCAGUAAGUAUGAAAGCUGCAGGGCCUGUUGGGCUGGUCCCUGCCCAGUCAGCUGUGGAGAAACACACCCAGGAGAAAGCCUGGCUGAACCCCACAGGCACACAGAGCUCAGCUCUGCCAUCACCUUCACCGGGAAGGCUGCAGGUAUCCAAGUGCAGCUGAGUAGGUCUGGCUGAGCCCAGCACCUGCAGAGCCUUUGCUGGAAAAUAAAGGUUUGUCCCUGAGGCAAUCUGCAUGUGGAAACUACCUCCUCCGGCAGAGAAAAUGGGCCAGAAGGUCUCCCAGGAGGACAACCAGGAGAACAAGGCUGAAACUCUGGUCAUCUGUGAAGUCUUCAGCCAGGGUGUGCUCCAUGCAUCUCGAAAGCUGGAAGACUAUCUCGGUUUUGUGGAUCCUCAAAGCAAAUUCCAGCCAGCCACAAACACGCUGAGCGAGAUCUUCCUGGUCAACUUCAUCAGCUUCUGCAUGGGAAAGGGCAUGGAGGAGCAGAUCAUGACCAGCAAAAUGACCAAGCAGCAGUCCUUCCUGUUUGGAGUGGACUGGAUCUGGACUCUGUGUGGGUCUGACAAGCAGAUCAAGCUCCAGAUCGCUGUGCAGGCUUUGCAGCCGGCCGAGCUCUUCCACGACGAGGGUCCUGCCGAGGAUUGCUGCCGGGAGGCUGCGCUGGCCAACGAGUGCUUCCAGAACAUGAGCAGGUUUGAGAAGCUGGCUGAGUUCUGCCGCCUGGUGGGACGGGACUGCCUGGGCUUGUUCAUCAUGUUCGGUGUGCCGGGGAAGCCCAAGGACAUCCGAGGAGUCCUGCUGGACAGCGUUGCCAAGGAGGAGCAAAAAUGCCACCUGUCGGGCAGGAACGCGCUGCGGCAAUUUGUCACCAGCACUGACAGCUCCCUGCCCACAAAAGACAUGUUGGAAAAUUGCCUGGGCACCAGAAAUGGGCUGAAGGACAUGGGCAAUGUGUACAUAAACUUUGUGUGAGCAGCUGGGCAGGAGCAGUGUCUCCGUGCAGCAGCAGGGUCCUCGCAGGGCUCAGCUCUGCCCCUCUCUCUUUCCUCCCCACACUCCAUUCCCUCCACCUUCCCCUCAACCCAUGGUGUUCCCUUAGCUCCUGCAGAAGCCAGGCUGAGUCAGCCUCUCCAGGUUUUAAAACACCAGGGCAGACCUGCCAGAAAAAUGUGUUUAUAGAAGGCAUGACGUUUUUCCAGAACAUUUUGUUCGCCAGACAUUAAGUCCUGGCUGGAGCUGCUGAAAGCUUUAUCAGCCAGAGCUCUGGGGAGGUCCUGGUGGAUUUGACUCAGAGCCUUUGUUUGCUGUGUGGCAGCUUUUUUUCUCUCCUAGGAGGGUGAGCCUGUAAUAAUGGAAAUGUGCUGGUGCUGGUCAGAAGAGCUGCAAUGAGUGUGAAGGACAAUACCAGGCCUUAAAAUGACUGAUGGGAAGGAGUGAGCUGGUUUCAAUUAAGAGGAAAAGCCCUGCCCAGUGCUAGAAAUGGGCUCUGAGAGAGAAUUACCUGCCCCAGCGUUGGUGCCAGGCUCCACAGGGCCUUGAAGCUGUGAACCAAAGGCAGGGUUGGGGCCAACUGCAAAGCUUUUCUCACUGAAUGGCUGUCAGGGCAAGGUAGGGGGCAGAUGUUAAAGAACACUUGGGAAAAAUCAAGCAAUGGGGACAAAAACCAGGCCUGAUGGGAGUGGGACCUUAUCACAGCCCCUGACCAUGCACAGAAGAGAACAAACCUGGAAGAGGCAAGAUUAUUUCACUUGGAAUUCCUCUUCAGUAGUUUAGCAGCUGAUGGUAUUUAUGGGCUUGGUUUAUUCUGUUUCCCCCAGCUUUUACUGGACUAAGUGAGGCUUUUGGGUUGGUUAUACAAUUAUAAUUACUUGCUUUACUGUUAACCAGUGAAUGAGGCCCUGAUCCACAUUCAGUCUGGUAAACUCACUUUGGGUAUAGCUGUCUGAAUAGUCUUGUCAGUGCAAAACUCAUCUGACUCUAAUUUUCAUAUAAAUUCAGUCAUUUAACAGAAUAAAAAUAAUUUUGAAAACACAUUCAUCUUCCACUAUUUACUAUUUGAGUUGUAAAAUGGGGGCAGCUGUGAGAGCUGAGAAUCAGAGGCUGUUACUUAACAAGCCAUUAAAAAAGAGCCUAAGGAGGCUGAGACAUCAGUGCCACAAGUAUUUGCAGCAUUCCAUGGCAGAGGCAGGGAAUCUGAAAGGGGAACUGAAGUAAACACAGAACUGUGACAUUUUUGCUGAGUCACAAACACAGCUGGGUUUGGAGAAGGGUGACCUUUCAGUGCUGAAACAGUUCAUUGAGAUAGAACCAUUUUUAAAGAGAUGCUGUCACUGUAUUCUGUUUGUGUGGCUGGGUUUGGUGGGACAUAGGAGACAGUUCUGGUGUGCUGCAUAGAGAACCUGCAUAGCUGUGGGGGAUUGGGAUUUUUUGGCUUUUUAAACUAGCAGAAUAAUCAACACUGCAGCAGGAUUGAUACUGGCUUAUAAAAAACCUGCAGAAAACUAAUUUUGCAUUAAAUUGGUAUAUUCUAACUAGUAUGACUUCACCUAUCCAGGUCUUUAGAAAAGCUGGCUCACUAGAAAACUGGGCUUUUUUUCCCUUGCAUG